AUGGCUACCAAGGCACUUGCAGUCAUCGCUGGCGUCGGACCAGGCACAGGAGCAUCUAUUGCUAAGCGUUUCGCUCAAGCAUACUCUGUCGUUGUAUUGGCUCGCAAUACCGACACUUAUAGCAGCGUCGUUCAGGAGAUUACCUCAAGUGGCGGCCACGCCGUUGGCAUCAGCGCGGAUGUUAGCGACAGCAGUAGUGUCAAUGCCGCUUUCGAUCAGAUUGAAAAGCAGUUUUCCGGCUCUCCAGUAGCAGCCGCUGUCUUUAAUGCUGGUGGUGGCUUUGUGAGGAAGCCGUUUCUGGAAUUGACAGAGGAGGACUUCUCAGCAAGCCUUGAUAUCCAGGCAAAGGGAGGAUUCAAUUUCGCCAAGAGGGCUCUGCCUCUUCUUCUCAAAGCCAAAGAUUCAUCUCCCCAAUACCCUCCAACCUUGAUUUUCACUGGAGCUACCGCAAGCGUCAAAGGCUCUCCUCAGUUCGCAUCUUUUGCAGCUGGAAAGUUUGCUGUCAGAGCACUAUCUCAGUCACUUGCUCGGGAAUUUGGUCCACAGGGCAUUCAUGUCUCUCAUGCUAUCAUUGACGGUAUUAUCGAUAUCCCUCGCACGAAGGCAUGGGUCCUUGAGCAUGAAGAUGCGAAGCUGAGUCCUGAUGCUAUUGCCGAGUCGUACUGGUAUUUGCAUACCCAGCCACGAACUACUUUUGCCUUCGAGUUGGACUUGAGACCUUAUAUUGAGAAGUGGUAG